UUGUAGGGCUUCCAUUCGUUUUUUAUAAAUUAAAUAAUGAAAAUAAAAAAUGAAAAAUUCAAUCUCAACAUCUAUUUUGUUUAUUCCAUUCAUCUGGUUUCUGUGGCUUAUAUACUUUUACUCUUUGUUAUUUCCACUCAAGAUAUUCACCAUGUCAGAAAAAAGUUGCAAAGCUGGAAUAUAAGGCUUAAAGAUUAUUCGGAAAUCAGUUAUGCUUUAGACUGUAAUAUUUUUACCCCUGGCCAUCCAAAGUCUUUGUUUUUUAAUGUUCAAAAAAGAAAGGUUUUGAGUAAUUUUUUUUUUUUAAAGGAAAAAAUUGAUAUUUUUGUUUUGGCUCAUUUCUUUGGUUGGUUUAUUAAAGCACUCAUCAUUCGAGACACAGCUUUGUUAUGGACGUUAUCUAUAUUUUUUGAACUCAUGGAAAUUACAUUUAGGCACAUCUUACCUAAUUUCCAUGAGUGUUGGUGGGAUCAUAUAGUUUUAGAUGUUUUAGGAUGUAAUUGUUUGGGAAUUGUUCUAGGAAUAAUGUUAGUGGACUAUUUAAAUUUAAAGAGACGUACGUGGUAUUGGAAUAAUAUAACUUCUUCAACGGAUUCUCUUGCGACAACAAACGCCACCGUUGGUAGUUUGAACAAAAGUUCUCGUGACACUUGCCCCAAAUCAGUUCACAAUCAACUUGUCUCCUUAUUAAAAAAUAUUAAUUCAUGGAAGAUAAAGCAUUUUCAUUCUGGUCUAUCGUCUUUCUGGACGUAUUGCACCAUGUUGGUUUUUGUUUUUGUGGCGACAUUUGCAGAUGUGAACGUUUUCUUUUUAAAGUCACAAAUGCAAAUUGUUACAUCACAUUGGAUUGUCUUUUUACGUACAGUUUUCAUAACUCUUGCUGCCAUUUUGGGAACAGAUGAUAUACAGCAUUUUGUUACCAACUUUCGUAUGAAACGUUUUGGUUUACAAGGCAUUCUUAAUAUUUUUAUACUUUUAACGGAAUUAUGGACAAUUUCGCGUUAUUGGAAAAUCUAUGACUCGCACCCUCCUCUUCCUUAUCAAAUUCAAAUCCUUUUGCUCACCCUAGUCUUACUCGUUUUUAGUCUUCCCUUAGUAAUCUUUCUUGUGCCUUCUAUGUUGUGCGGGUUCACCUGGAACGGGAAAAAGAAACAAUAAAAAGAUAGAAAACAUUUUAAUUUGACCAUGACUGUUUUUGUUAAGCGUUUCAAUCGAAACAAAAAGACUUAUACCGUUGUACCGAAAAGAAAUUUUAUCACAUACAUAAUUUAAGUAACUUCAAUUUUUGAAUCA